UGUAACCUGUUAAAAUCAGCAUGAUACUGCCAUCUAUUGGAAGUUAUUCACCUUUCAGGACACAAAGUUGUCUCGUCAAUUGGGUAACUUCUCAGUUUCUUUGAAAUACGAAACACAUGAUUGUUUAGACUUGUUGAUUUCUUUAGAAAAGUGGGUGUGUUUUAGAAUUUGCUGGGAGUUGUUUCCAGCCACAAAUACCAGCUCCUCGAUCUCCUGAUAUUACUCUGUCAAGCUGCAGUGACAGCCACUGUAACAAGUUACAUAGAAGCUGAAACCAGUUGGGACUCGCUCUUCAUUGAGGGCCAAUCUACCAACAAUCAACAAUGCCCGAAUGCAUCUCCAUUCAUGUAGGCCAGGCUGGUGUUCAGAUAGGAAACACCUGUUGGGAGCUUUACUGUCUAGAGCAUGGAAUCCAGCCAGAUGGCCAAAUGCCUAGUGACAAGCCUAUAGGUGGCAACAAUCAUUGCUCUAGUGCUUUAUUCAGUGAAACAGAGGCUGGGAAGUAUGUCCCCAGAGCAAUCUUUGUUGACCUGGAGCCCACUGUCAUAGAUGAAGUUCGAACAGGAACAUAUCGUCAGCUAUUUCACUCUAAACAGCUGAUCUCAGGAAAGGAGGAUGCAGCUAACAACUAUGCCCGUGGACACUACACCAUUGGGAGAGAGAUCAUUGACUCUGUCCUUGACAGGAUCCGCAAACUGGCUGAUCAGUGCAAUGGUCUUCAAGGAUUUUUGGUCUUUCACUCCUUUGGUGGAGGCACUGGAUCUGGCUUCACCUCCCUGCUGAUGGAGAGAAUCUCUGUUGAGUUUCGCAAAAAGUCAAAGCUUCAACUGGCUGUUUCCCCUGCCCCUCAUGUUUCCACAGCAGUGGUGGAACCUUACAAUUCCAUCCUGACUGCCCACACCACCCUGGAGAACUCUGACUGUGUGUUCAUGGUGGACAAUGAAGCCAUUUAUGACAUUUAUCGAAGAAACCUUAAUAUUGAACGUCCUUCCUACACCAACAUCAACCGGCUUAUUAGCCAAAUAGUCUCAUCCAUUACAGCAUCACUUCGUUUUGAUGGAGCCCUGAAUGUUGACCUGACAGACUUCCAAACCAACUUGGUGCCCUACCCUCGUAUCCAUUUUUCUCUGGCCGCCUACGCCCCGGUCAUCUCUGCUGAGAAAGCCUACCAUGAGCAGCUGUCUGUGGCUGAAAUCUCCAAUGAGUGCUUUGAACCCUCAAACCAGAUGCUAAAAUGUGAUACUCGUCAAGGUAAAUACAUGCUCUGUUGUCUGCUAUAUCGUGGUAAUGUGGCGUCCAGAGAUAUCAACUCUGCUAUCAGAGCAAUCAAGACCAAACGCACCAUUCAGUUUGUGGAUUGGUUGCCCACAAAUUUCAAGAUGGGCAUCAACUACCAGCCUCCAACUGUGGUUCCUGGUGGAGACCUGGCCAAGGUGCAGAGGGCUGUCUGCAUGCUAAGCAACACCACAGCCAUCGCUGAGGCCUGGGCCCGACUGGACCACAAGUUUGACCUGAUGUACGCCAAGAAAGCAUUUGUUCACUGGUAUGUUGGGGAGGGCAUGGAGGAAGGAGAGUUCUUAGAGGCCAGAGAAGAUAUGGCUACUCUGGAGAAGGAUUAUGAAGAGGUGGCAGGUAUCAAUUCAUUUGAAGAUGAUGAUGAAUAUUAAAAUGCAUUAUAUCUUAUUUGUUAUUUUCUGGGAUAAAACUAAUAUUGGUUAUUUAUUAUUUGUAGAAGUGAGAUUAAAACGUUAAAUUCUAAUCAAUUUACUUUUAUUUACUCUCGAUACCUACAGACUCUGUAGGUUGUUUAGUUUGUAGCACUAUGAUAAAAAGUAAAAUAAACUGUUUUGAACUGUUGUUGCUCAAAAAAUU